AGGCAAAUAAUGCAAGUGUUGGGGUCAACGCACGAUAAAAUUCCACAAGAACUAAACGAUAAGAAGAAAUCAUCUUCAUAGUCUCUCAUCCAAUCUUACAAACUCUCCUAUUUUGCUUUCUAUAUCCAUCGACCAAUGGCAGAAAACAAAACUCUUCCUACUUAUUUCUGCAGAAACUGCGAGAAUCCAUUGGCUCUCGGUGAAGAUAUCAUCUCCAAAAAAUUCGUGGGAGCUUCGGGGCCAGCGUUUAUGUUUUCGCACGCGAUGAACGUGGUGGUUGGACCGAAGAUUGGGAGGAAACUGUUAACAGGAUCGUACGUGGUGGCAGAUGUGAUGUGCAGUAAGUGUGGUGAGACGUUGGGUUGGAAGUAUGUCGAGACCUUCGAUCUUCGACAGAGGUAUAAAGAAGGCAUGUUUGUGCUCGAGAAGCUCAAGUUGACCAAGAGAUAUUGAAACUAUAGUCAAGAAUACGCUCUUGGAGGGGUUAAGUUACCAAAAAAAAAAAAAAGUAAAGGAAACUUGACUAUGGUAUAUUUGUAUGUAUCUUAUUACCUUAUGUUGUAUAAAUUGUAUAUUACCGACAGUGAUUUUAUAUUUUAGUGGAACUUGAUCACUUA